AUGAAUCCUACCAAAGUAUUUCAUUUUUGUGAUGAAGAGAAUUCAAAUGAAAGGUCAAGGGAAGAACAAUCCGUAAUAAUAAAAGAAUUACUUGAACCAUCAUAUGGAUGUUACAUAUGGCCAUCAGCAUUUGUAUUAGCCGAAUAUAUUUGGUACAAGAGGGACUUAUUUAAAGAUAAAACGAUCUUGGAAUUAGGAUCAGGAACUUCAUUGCCGGGAUUUUUGUGCGCAUUAAUUUCCAAUGACACUCACGUAAUCUUAACAGAUAGACCAGAUGCCCCUCAAGUACUUGAAAAUAUGCGAGACACUGUAAGGUUAAAUAACUUAACAACUAGGAAUAAUAUUUGGAUAAGGGGGUUGAUGUGGGGCGAUUUUGGUGAUGGGUUAUUUCAAUUGUUAACCGAUGUCGAUCAAUCUAACCGAAAGGUUGAUUGGAUUUUGGGUAGUGAUACUUUUUACGAUCCAAAAGAUUUUGAAGACCUCCUCGUAACCGUCGCUUACAUAUUAACGUAUCAUUCUCCAAAUGCAAAGUUCAUUACAUCGUAUCAAGAAAGAAGGUAA